CUUGAUCAAGGUCUUGCAUUACCGUAGUCCUCCCUGUUAGUCCGGUUUUUAUCUGCGCGCUGUUUCCAAGCAAAAUCAGACGGGCAACACUGUAAACACACUACAGUGCUCGACAAACACUGCAGAUGUUUUGCUUUAGGCCGUUUUUCUCGCCAUACGAGCUAAACGAUGGACGAUAUGUACCACUAUCCCGUUUUCUUCGCGUGUCACAACCUGCCUGGAGAGCAGAUAAAAAAAAUAGAGACUUAUUUCCAGAUUCGCCGGCGAUCAGGCGGCGGAGACUGCGGACCAUUGAGGCGUGUGAAUGAUCAAGGCUACAGCGUUGCUUUCAAAUAUGAGAAAGAUCAGCAGGCAGUCCUGCAGAGAUACAAGCAUGUCGUGGAGCUUGCUGAUGGUUGUCUGGUAUUCACUGUACGAGGCAGCCUGGAUCCCCCCUCCUCUCCCAUCACCACCUCCACUGCAAGUCUUGAUUUUACAGCUCCAGUACAGAGCCCACAGUCCAUUCCUGCUUCAACUCCUCCACCAAGUGGUGGAAACUAUGAACUACAACUUGACCUUUACCUCCUUCGCUACCUAAAGGAAAGCCCCAACGCUGGGAAAGAACUAGAGAAAGAACUCUCUUCUGUGGCCUGCUCUGCCAAGCUUUACCCAGAGGAUGAGAGGGCUUUAGUUAGGUGCUUAGCUCAACCUGGUGCAGAAGAUGAAGUUAGAAACUGGAAAGCUGAAGUAGACAAAGUUUUUGAUGGAUAUCUGUGCCACUAUGAGGUUGACCCUCACAAAGUUAAAUCUUUGCUUCAGUCCUGCAGCUCCCGUCAGGUCACAGAUGAGGUGAAGGUGUACAGCGAGGUUGGGAUGGCUGUUGUUGUUGGGAAACGUUCACAGGUGAAGGCCAGGUUGAUGGAUGUAGAGCACUCACGGGUUAAACAAGGGUCAAGUUUAAGUGAAAAGCAAACCAGCAUUCGCCGACUUGGCACAGCCAAACUCCGUCUCCUUUGGACAGAGAUUGAGCACAGUCUGGGACGAGAUUUUCCAGGUGUGAAGGUCACACAGGGAGAUGCAGGGCAGUUAGUUUUGGAAGGUUCUGUUGAGGAGAUUCUUAAGGCCGGAGACCAGAUCUCUGAUAUAGAAAAUUUGGUGUCAGAAAGGACAGUUUCUGACAUGAGCCCACAUUUUUUGGCCUUCCUCAGGAGGGCAUAUGGAGGUCCAGGGGUGCUAAGUGACAUUUUAGGGUUUGGUGACAAGGUGGAAGUAGAGUUACGAGACACAGAGCUGCAUUUGUUCAGCCGCUCUGCUGAAAAACUGGAUGAGACAGAGAAAAAACUGCAAGAAAAAUUCAAGGAAGUCAAGAUCUAUGUGCCUAACUGCUCCGCUGUGCCAUCUGAGCUUCAGGAAAAGCUUAAGUCCAAGACAAAUGAGAUGAACCGAGGGCAGCAUAGGGCUCAGGUUGUGUUUGGCUCAGACAGCACAGUGUUCCUACUGGGCCACACGAAGGAGGUCGAAGAGCUGAGUGAAACUGUCACACAGUUUAUUUUGGACCAGUCUUGUGUGCAAAGCAUAGUCGAUCUCCCUUUCCCAGAGUUAGCACAAGAGUUACCAGAAUUGCUGCAGCUGCAUGGUUUUGACUAUUCAGGGGUUACCCUCCAUACUUUAACAUCUUCCUCUGGGCCUGUGGUAAUGCUGGAAGGUCCAUCCAGCAAAGUGACUGAGGUCAGGAACAACUUGGGUCCAUUUUUGGACUCCCUUAUUCAGGAUAAAGGCGCUACUGACUCAUUAGGAGCAGUAAGAAAUAUCCGUACUCCCACUGGGAAAGAUAAACUCGUAAGUGUUACACAGAAUUUGGCAUCUUUGAGUUUAAGUGAAGUUAACACCCUAGUUGCUAGCUACAGCCUUUGUGGCGGACUCCAGGUUCUGGUGUGUCAGGGGGACAUCACCAAACAGGUUGCUGACGCCCUGGUGAACGCUGCCAAUGGAGACCUGAAACACUGUGGCGGUGUUGCUGCUGCACUGAGUAAAGCAGGUGGCCCUCAGGUUCAGAAAGAGAGCAGCGCUAUAGUAAAGCAGACUGGGAAAAUUCCUACAGGUGAAGUUGUAGUGACCACAGGGGGGAACUUAAACUGCAAGAAGCUGCUGCAUGCCGUUGGGCCUGUAGGUGGAGAAUCAGGUGGCAAAGAAAGGUUGUUAUUAGAAAAAACUGUCCAUUCUGCUCUGAAUUUAGCAGAAAUGAUGGAGUUUGAGUCUAUAGCCAUGCCCUGUAUCAGCUCAGGUGCGUUUGGUGUUCCUGUCACUGUGUGUUCUGAGGCUAUCGUGACUGCUGUUAAGGAGUUUGGCAGUCAGGGAGGGCGAAGUCUGAGCAGAAUCAUCCUGAUUGAUAACAGAGGAGAGGUGGUGCGGGCCAUGCAGGAAGCAUGUGACAGGCUUCUCCAAGAGAUAAGUCCUGGAAACCAACCAAGUGAUGUGGGGUUCCAGAUCGAUACUGCCCAAAACACUGCAAUAGGAGCCACAGCUGGAGCUCCUGGAGAUGGUGUCCGUGUGGAGAUCAUUCAGGGAACCAUCGAGACCCAGCAGGUGGAUGCUCUGGUAUCGCCCAUGGUUGGCCAUGAUCCUCUCACUACCCGUGUUGGAAACACUUUGUUUGAAAUGGUUGGACCCCAGCUGACAGCAAUGUUUAGAAAGGAAGCAGAAGAAGAAAUGAUGCCUGGUGACACAUUCCUGGUAGAGGGUUUGCCUGGACUUCCAUCUAAUGCAGUGUUCUUCCCCAGCCUUGUUCCCUGGGAUGAUGACGACGAUGUGGCUGCAGUCCAGGUUCUGAGACUGUGCAUCAACAAAAUCCUAACUUCUUGUGAGAACAGAGGGUUUGGAUCUGUUGCGUUCCCCGUACUCGGGGCUGGGAUUGCUCUGCGUUUCCCUGACAACGUGGUAGCCAGGGUUCUACUGGAGGAGGUCCAUGAGUUUGAACAGAACCGAGCCAGCAGAACACCAUUCAUGGUCCGCAUCGCCAUCCACCCCAAUGAUGAAGAGUCUGUUGAGGUCUUCAAGUCUGUCCAGGAAACUUUACAACUCAAACGAUUCACAAAAGAUGUUCACCAACCCGACCAUGUGUCAACUACAAAGAGGAUUGUCCUGCUGGGAAAAACUGGAUCUGGGAAAAGCAACCUAGCUAACACCAUAUUUGGAGAGAAAUUAUUCACCACAAACCAUUCACCCAACUCUGGAACAAGAACAUGUCAAUCUGAAACCAAAUCUGUCAAUGGAAGAAGCGUCACUUUGAUCGACACUCCUGGUUUCUUUGAUGCAGAAAGGUCUGAGGACGACAUGAAGCCUGAGAUAGUGAGCUGUAUCACAGAGUGCGCUCCUGGGCCUCAUGCUUUUCUCAUUGUGCUGAAAGUAGAGAAAUUCACAGAGCAGGAGCAGGCUGUCAUCAACAAAAUAUGUCAAUAUUUCUCUGAAGAUGCUCUAAAAUAUGCUGUCAUUGUCUUCACUCAUGGUGACCAGCUCCCUAAAGGGAUGAAAAUUGAAGAGUUUGUCAAUCAGAAUAAGAAUCUGAGUGACCUGGUGAAGAGGUGUGGAGGCCGGUGCCACGUCAUUGAUAAUAAAUACUGGAAGAACAAACAGCAGAACAACUACAGGAGUAACCAGUUCCAGGUGGAGGACCUACUCAACACAAUAGACAAGAUGGUGAUGGAAAACAAUGGGGGCUGCUACACCAAUAUGAUGUUUGAAACAGUAGAGAAAGAAAUACAGAGAGAGGAAGAGAACAUUAGACAGUCAUCAGGAAACCUGCCAGUGGAAGAGAUCAGAAAACAGGCUAAAACCAGAGUGUCCGAGAGGUUUCUGAUCCAACUUGCAGGUACUGCAACAGGAGCAGUGUUGGGAGCUUUUUUUGGUGUGGCAGUCAUGGUCCGGUUAGUUUUCACAGCUAUAACUAACUUUAAAGGAUUAAUGACACUUGUGAAAAGAAUUCCAGCAGUGGGAGGAGCAGCCGUAGUAGCAGGAGGAGUAGAAGCAGCAGGACUGACAGCUGCCGGAGUGGUGGUAGGUGUGUCAACAGCAGGCUUGGCUGCAACAGGAGGAGUAAUGGGUGGUAUGAUUGGACACAAUGCAGCUGAGGGAGCAAAAACACCAUUGGAGGCAGCACAGUUGGCAGCUAAGGCUGUCAUGGACAAAGGAAAAGAUACACUUAAGCUGAAUUAACAUUUUUUUGCCACUUGCGCAACAACAUGAAGACAUAUUAGGUGCGUCUGACUGUAUGAGGUGCUGCGCUUAACGUGAUGCAUGAUAGUUAGAAAGUGUGUCCGACUAUUGCCAGUGCUGCAUAGCGUCACCAUGUCACAUGACACUAAAACCUUGUGGGAGGAAAACGGCUGCGGUUGCUUUUCUCCGGCUGCACAAAAGUGGAACCUGCUUUUUCCUGAUCUUGCAGCAUUUGUCUUUAAAUGCCACAAGAUUAUUCUUAGUAUGUUUUAUACAAUGAGCGACAACAACUUUCACAUCAUGCAUAGUCACUUUAUCCAUUGUAAAUACAAAAAUAAAAACAGAUUAGAGCAGCUUUAACUACAGGGAAGAAUCUUUGGGGCAGUGACCUUAAAAAGGUUGAGGGAAAUGUUCAAAUCUCUGUUAAUGUUCGUUUAGAAAUUAUUUGUAAAUAAUGUUAUAUAAUCAAAGAACUUUGGGCACGUGCCACCAUUAUAUAUUUGUAAUGUGUAAAAUACAUGUAAAUUUUAAUGUGUGAAGUGAACACUCUUUAAUUAUCUGACAGUGGUUGUUUGAAAUUGGUUUGGCUUUUCCAAUGUGUAUUUAUUAAAAAAAAAUUUAAAAACAAAUGAAAGUAUUGAUUGCUCAA